AUGUCUUGUAUUAGUAUUCAAUCAUCGAUGGAACAAUUCUCUCAAGUUGCGGCAUUAGAAGACAAAUUAGUUCGAUGCUUUCGUACCAAUAACAUGAAGGUUAAACUAUCUGAUACGGGUUUCUUCGAGAAUGUGAACGAACAAGCCAAUUUGUUUUAUCAUGGAACAAUAUCGGAAUACGCUACUCAAAUAUUAGAAUUCGGCAUUCCAGGUGGUGAUUCGUUUAGCUCAAGCGAUUUUGAACCAGGAUAUUAUCUUAAUACAUCUUUUACGGAUGCUCGAGACUGA